GCCGGUGCGAUUCGGUCUCUCUCUCUCUCUCAGCGUUUUUCUCUCGCCACCGAGCUUUCUUUCUUCCCAUUUCUUCCUCUCAUUCUGCGUUUUUCUCUCCCCAACGAUCUCUAUUUCUUCCCAUUUUCAUCUAAAAACCUUCCGACUCUUUCUAUCUAGCUUUCGAGAGCUCUGUCGAAGGUGGAAAAUCUCCCUCUCCUCUCUCAAUUUUUUCGCGAGAAAUGGCGUCGGGUCGAUACAUUCUUACGAGACUCUUGUUCUUCUUCCUUACGACGGGCUUGGUAGCAGCUUCCGACUUCAUUUCACACGACGUCUUGGACUCCCAUCGAACGAGUGGUCGCAGCCUUCUCGAUGCCGUAAAGAGCUGCCCCGUGAACUUUGAGUUGAUGAACUACAAGAUCAUCACUAGCCAAUGCAAAGGGCCCAAGUACCCAGCUCAUCUCUGCUGCAAGGCCUUCAAGGAUUUUGCCUGCCCCUAUACGGAGGAACUGAACGACCUCUCCAAUGACUGUGCCUCGGCCAUGUUCUAUUACAUCAACUUCUACGGCAAGUACCGUCCUGGCCUCUUCGCCAACAAGUGCCGUGAAGGUGAGAAUGGACUCGAGUGCCCUGCAUAGGCCUUUAACACAAGCUUCAAACUAAUAUAACCAGCCGCAGAUAGCGAAUGCAACACAGAUGAGGGUUGGUGCAGGGUUUGAAUCUGCAGUUUUGAGUGGCUUCCAGCCAUAUCUGAUUUGUUUACAUUGGAGGUUAGGGGUGGUUGCUGUGAAAAAAAAAAA